AUGUCCACUGAACCACACUUUGAGUUUCCCAAAAUACAUUCAUUCCCACCGUUGUAUACCAAGCAGCCAAAUCAAACGGUACAACAACAACAAAUAGAAUCAUGGUGCAAUAUCCUUCUACAGUAUUGUGAAUUCUAUAAAAUUACGUCACUCACGAUUGAAGGGGCCCCAAAGCAUUCGCAACUAGCAUCGUCAUCAUCAGCAUCAGCAUCAACACCAGUAUCAGCACCAUAUACAAAGGGAGAUAUACCGCCCCUUUUCACCAAUAAAGCAAUUAACCGACAAGUCAAUACUGAAUUCAAAAAUGUCAUAAUUACAAACUUGAUACAUUCGAAGAAGGCCGAAUAUAUCAAUCACAAGAAACCUGAAUUGGGCAUAUUUGUGUAUUGGAGGAGUAUUGUUGAUUGGGGUAACUUGUUAUAUGAGUAUAUCACCAAUACAGGACAACAAGGAACUGUGCUUACGUUGUAUGAAUUGACCAAAAGUGAUGAUGAUGAUGAUAACGUCAACAGUUUGCCUCAAGAGUUGCGCAAUUUGGAUGAAGAGUUAUUGGUGAAGGUGAUUAAGGAUUAUUUGAUUAAACAGGGUAAAGCACAGCUUUUGAUGAAUGAAUCGAACGAAAUUGGUGGUGUCAAGAUAGUUUAG